AAUCUUGUUGGAGCGUCGGUCAUGGCCAGCACGACGACGACCUCGCCGCUCCGGCGCGAGGCCGAAGACCGCGUGCGCCUUCGCCGCGAGGAGCUCAAGAAGCUCUGCGUCGUGCAGGACGUCAAGAACCACGUGUCGCUCGACAAGUACUUUCAGCGCGCCCACGUCAUGUACCGCCAGUGCCAGCUCUACGCGAUCCAGCACGACUACGACCACGCGUACAUCUACCUCUGGCUCAUGGUCCUGCUCUUCCAGUACCGCAUCCCGCAGCAUCGCGAGUACCACCAGGCCAAGUACGCGGCCGAGAAAGCCCGAUUGAACGACAAGUGCAAGCAGGCGAUGCAACUCCUCGACCAGAUCCUCGAUGGCAUGCUCCGGGAGGAGCUCGACCAGCUGCAACAGCACCACGAAGACGAGUACUUUAUCCUCCAACACGGAGAAGACAAUGAAGAAGUUCAAGCAGCAGCAUCGUCGGUAUCGUAUCCCACGUCGUCGUCGGCUGCCGCCAAGGACCCCGCCGGCCUCUCGCUCGAAGCGCGGCUCCAAGCGCUGCGGAUGCUCGCGCCUCAAACACCACCGCCGCAGCCAAAGCCGACCAGUGCGAGACUGGACAGCCAUGCGCGUGCCAAGGCCAUGGACGCUCUCAAGAUGCCGAGUCGCGCCACGUUGCCGCCACCGGAAAUGACGCCAUCGACAAGAUACCCCUCAACGUCGUCGACAGUCGCUGCGAGGGCAAAGCCUGCCUCGGAUUCCAUGUCGUCUCGGCGCCAAUCGCUCGAGAACCGAACGCUCUCGCUGCAAAAUGAAGUGCGCGAGCUCUCGAUUCCCGCCAACUUGAUCCAAGAUUUUAUUCGGAUCGCCGACCCCAAUACCCGCAAGCCGCCGUACGGUAUCGAGACGUGCGGCAUCCUCACAGGCACGCUCACUGGCUGCAAGCUCGCGAUCUCGACGCUCAUCAUUCCAAAGCAAACGGGCUCGUCCGACAUGUGCACCAUGACGCACGAAGAAGAGCUCUUCGAGUACUGCAUUGCCAACGACCUCCUCACGCUUGGCUGGAUCCACACACAUCCGUCGCAGACGUGCUUUCUCUCGUCCGUGGACAUCCACACGCAGUGCGGGUUCCAGUCGAUGCUGGCCGAGGCCAUUGCGAUCGUCGUCGCGCCCCGGGACGCGCAAAAGAGCAUUGGCGUCUUCCGGCUCACGUCGCCCCAUGGCAUGGAGCUCAUCCAAAACUGCAGUCUCUCGGGCUUCCACGAGCACCCGAGCAACCUCGAGAUCUACUCGGACGCGUUGCAGAUCGUGUGGUCCCAUGCGGCGCACGCCCGCGUCGUCGACAUGCGAUAUUAAUCGUGAUAUCGUCUUCAUCUUACGAGCUGCA